UGAGCAACAAACACAGUUAUGAGAGAAGCUUUUUAAUGACUUGGAAGUUUCUCCCUUAAAUUCCCUGCGGGACUCCAAUUUUCACCAGCGCCAAGGAGAAAACUUCAUUCUUAGCUUCUAUUUGAUGGAUGGUCUUGCUAAAUUCAAAACAUGCCUUCCAUCACAAAUCCCAAAUAUUUUCAAUAUUUUUCGUCCGCUGCCCUUCCCUUCUUGCUCUGAGAUCUCUCAGUGGAGGCCUUUCCAGCGAAAUCAUGAAACCAACUCGAGAUGCGCAUACAUUGUUCGACCAAAUGCUUCCUCAAGAUUACAAAUUCUGCAACGCGCUGAUCAAGUUCCACGCGGCUAAAAGACAAGAUUUUGAAGUUUUAUCGGCUCUCAAAUGGAUGCAAAUCACCAACUUUACACCCGAUCGGUUGGCAAUGGCAGCGUCCAUUAAGGCCUCAGCGCUGCUCUGUUAUGGAAUUCAUGGGAAAGCUAUUCACGCCUUUGCAGUGAAGGCAAGCUAUAAUGAUCUGUUACCUGUCGAGAAGGCAUUGAUGGACAUGUAUGCAAGGAUUGGCGCUUUAGAUGAUUCAUUCCAAGUUUUCGAGAGCUCAUAUCGGAAAGAUUCUGUUUCCUGGAAUGUCAUGUUGGCAGGUUUUGCUCGUGCGCAGCUUUAUAUGGAAGCAAUGGAAAUGCUCUACAAAAUGCAUGUUUCAGGAGGCAUACAGGCCAGACUGACAGCUAUUACCAUGGCGAUUAUUCUUCCAAUCUGUGCAAAAUUGAAACUUUUGGAGCAUGGGAAGUGUCUCCAUGCUUGCAUUUUAAAGAUGGGGAUGGAAUCUGAGACACUAGCGGGAAAUUCCCUUGUCUCUAUGUAUGCGAAAUGUGGUGGAGCUGUAAAUGAUGCGUGGGAAGUUUUUGAUAUGAUUUCUGGGAAGGAUAUUAUUUCAUGGAAUUCGAUGAUUGCUGGCUUAUCUGAAAAUGGUUUCUUCUCCGAAGCCUUGGAAUUAUUUUAUCAGAUGGUUUCAGUUGGUUUUAUGCCUAAUGAUGCCACACUUGUAAGCGUACUUCCUGUAUGCAGUUUUCUGGAAAAUGGAUGGCUUUAUGGAAAAGAGAUCCAUGGUUAUAUUCUAAGGUCUGAAUUGGAUGAAGAAACUUCAGUUAAUAAUGCUCUUUUGAUUCAUUACCUGAAGGCUGGAGACAUAGUCGGUUCUGAAAACAUAUUCCAAAAGAUGAAGAGGAGAGAUCUUGUCACAUGGAACACUCUCAUCUCUGGUUAUGCCAUGAAUGGAUGGUUUUCAGAAGCCAUGAAUUUGUAUCACAACUUACUUCGAAGCGGUAUGAAGCCGAAUUCGCUUACACUCAUUAGUCUUCUUCCUUGUUGCGGUCAAUUGCUUGAUUUCAACGAAGGAAGGAAAAUCCAUGAUUAUAUUCUGCAGCAUCCUUCACUCGGUGAAGAGACGUCCUUAGGGAAUGCUCUUGUUAGCUUCUAUGGGAAAUGUGGUAAAGUAGAUGAAGCAACUCAGUGCUUUCAGGGCAUACUUAAGAAAGACCUGAUAUCAUGGAAUGCAAUGCUUACGGCCUUUGCAGAUAAUGGGCAGUGGGAGAAGCUCCUCAAGCUUCUGAAUCAGAUGAAUAAUGUACAGAUUCAGCCAGACUCCAUCACCAUUGCUACUGUUCUUCGAGCUUGUACUUCCCUAUGCAUAAUGAAGGUUAGGGAAGCUCACGGGUACUCAUUCAGAGCAGGUUUGAUCAGUCGCCCAAAUGUCAUCAAUGCGAUUCUUGGUGCAUACGCAAACUGUCGGGGCAUAGAAGAAAAUUCUAUUAGAAACAGCGUGCCCACUAAUAACGCCAUGAUUUUGAGUUAUCUGAAACACGGCAGUUUAAAGGAUGCUGAGAAAUUAUUCAACCAGAUGCCGGAGAGAGAUCUCUCCACUUGGAAUCUAAUGUUACAACUCUACAUUCAAAAUGGCUGCAUUGAUAAAGCUUUCAUCUUGUUCCAUGAACUGCAAAAAGAAGGAAGAAGACCUGAUAUUGUGAGCAUAAUGAGCGUUCUCAGUGCUUGCGCUCAUGUAUCCUUCGUUCAUCUUGUAAAACAAUGCCAUGGAUACACGAUCAGAGCUUCUCUUGAAGUGGAACAUCUGGGAGCAGCGCUGCUGGACGCAUACUCCAAAUGUGGAAGCAUAACGGACGCUUGCAGACAGUUUCAGAUAACUCGAAAUAAGGAUUUGAUCACCUUCACUACUAUGAUUCAAGGCUAUGCGAUUCAUGGAAUGGCGGAAGAGGCAUUACAAACCUUCUCCCAGAUGCUGGAAUCAAAUAUUAAGCCAGAUCAUGUCAUCCUAACUUCUCUUCUGUCAGCUUGCAGCCAUGGCGGGCUGAUUGAGCAGGGAUGGGAACAUUUUAAUUCCAUCAGUAAGGUUCAUGGGAUCAAACCAACUAUGGAACAUUAUGCCUGCAUGGUUGAUCUUCUCUCUCGAAGGGGAUGGCUGAAAGAAGCAUAUGGUUUCAUCAAAGACAUGCCUUGCGAGGCAAAUGCCAAUGUGUGGGGGUCUCUGCUGGGAUCCUGCGGGAUUCAUGGCGAGGUGGAGAUCGGCCGCAUUGCGGCAGAUCAGUUAUUUGGUGUUGAAGGCCUGAAUAUUGGGAAUUAUGUGGUGAUGUCGAAUAUCUACGCUGCAGAUGGAAGGUGGGAUGGUGUUGAGGAGGUAAGAAGGAUGAUGAAGAUGAAGGAUAUGAGGAAGCCAGCGGGAUGCAGCUGGAUUGAGGUGGAGAGGAAGAGCCAUGUCUUCGUUGUUACUGAUUUUUCUCAUCCUCAGAGAUAUCUGAUCUUCAGUAUACUGAAAGGACUGGAACUGCAUAUGAAAGAUCGUGCAGUCAGAUUGGCGCAAGAUUUGAUUUUUUCCUGAAAUGGCAUCAUUGAGGAUGUUGCGUGCUUAGUUAUUGCAAGUUUAAUUGAUGUUUUAUUAGUUUUGUUAAUUUAGAUGCUCAAUUUUUGUUAUAC